CGCGUGCGCGCAGGAGUUUACUCGUUCCGCGGUUUCAAAGUUCAAAUCAUCCAAAUCAUCGAGUAUCGCAAUUAUUAUGUUAUUCUCGAAUUUCGAACACCUGGUGAUUGUGCUCCGUGGUAAUGAGCGCCAACAGCAUAUCAUAAAUUACCAUUCCCAGUGAUCUAUUGUCAUUUGCCAUAUAAAACGAUUCCUCGGAAUAGAGAAAUCAACGCUCAGGUGUCGAGCUUUAUCUCCAAGUUUACAUCCAGAAUCCGCCAGUGAUUUCGGAAGGUCACGACGAAGUUGGCACGACCGAGAUCAACUAGCAUUAUCCAAUGAUGGAAGUGAUUUCAACACGCCGAUACGAAGCUCGUCCCCCGGCAAGUGCUCAUCCAGAAAUCUUGGUCGAUCCAGAGAAAUCUGUAGCUACUGUAAAAGAAGAGGAAUGGGAAACGCGUAAGAAGAAGGAAAUUACGACAACGAGACAGAUUGAGACUAGGGUGAAACGUCAAGUUGUUCUUGAAGAUGGUGAAGUCGUCGUUGAUUCUGGACCUCUUGUCACCACCAAUACAACUGAGGAUGUGGAGCAACAAGAGCAUACCACCCAGGAGAGACGGACAACCGGGGACGAACCACAGGAGGUGGAAUGGCCAGCAGGGGGUAAAGGAGGUGGAAUCGUCCAGAAAGAGCUUAACGAGACGGUGGUGCGAAGCCGGGAAGAAAUAGAGGAACUCCUUGAAACCGAACAUCGACAGCAAUUUGGUGAUAUAUCAGACGAGACUUACCUACAGGCAAUUCGUAGCAACAAGGGCGAUCUGAGAAUCGCUCUGGCGGAAUCGUCCAAGCAGCUGGCUCCACAAACUGGCCCUAGAGUUGUGCAGCACACGACGAGGUCGAGCAAGGUCGUCGACACUGAGAAAACGCUAGAGCGAAGUGAGCUCAAGGCAAACGGACAGAUCGUCACCGAAAAGAAGAAAACAAUCGAGCACGAGGAGAUCAAGGACGACGAGCUCCCAGAGGACGGGAAGAUAGGCAACGGGGACAGCGCCUCUGAAACUAGAAAGGAGUGUUCCCAGAGAUUUUUGAAAACCAGAGACGAGGAUAUCGUCGAUUACGUCUCAGGAGGCGAGAGGAUCGCACGAGAAAUGCGCUACGUCUCGGAAACAACAGAAGGUGAACGAAUCGGUGAUUGGCCUCCACCUCCGACCACCAUGCGCACUCAUCGUCUUCAGAAACAAGGCUUUCCAGCUGAUGCAACUCCUGCUUCGAGAAAAGACGCUUUGACGAAGAAACCUUUGGAUCUGGAGGAGGAAGAUGAAGCGAGAAAAUUUGAGACCUCGAAAUGGUUGGAAAGCCAUUUUGGGAGUGAGUCAAGAUCAUCUCAUGGAUCCAUCGAUGAAGAUCCCCCAAUUCAGACUGGAACAAACACUAGUUUCAUCAACGUAACUAUGAAAUCUUGUACACCCAGAGACCGAGAAUUUCAGAAUACAAACUCUAGUCGCCCACAACCUCGUCGAACCUCAGGUAGAGACUCAACUUCUCCAGUAGGAUAUUUUCAGGGAAUCAGCGAGUGGUCUGAAAGAUAUCAAGGAACAGAUAAGCCAAGCAACCAUGCCAGGACCUCUUCGCCUGCUCACUACGUGAAUGAUACGUCGAGGGACAAUGGUUACAUUCCUGAAAAUUCCAGAAAUCAUGUCGAAUCGUCCUAUUCUAGAACUUUUGAGUCCAAAAAACAUCAGGAAAGACACGAGCCUCCGGAACAUCAACGAAAUGGAGCCCCUUCACCACCUCUUCGGCGAAGAGUUAGGGAACAGAUGAGAUCUGAAGAAAAAAACAGCUUCAGCGAGUCUCCAGCUGGAAGAACAUCAAGUCCAGUUCACGUGGUUCAGAGAACUUGGGAAAGUCGAAGCAAGGAUGUUCAGAAUCAAAAAUCUGAGCGGGAAAUUCGGAAAAGUUCUGAAGUCAAGGCCAAACCAAUUUUCACUCCAAGGUCUCGUUCCAUUUCGCCAAUUCUCAGAAUGUCCUCACCAACCAGAAAAGAGAAGAAGAUCGAUGAAAAAAUUGUUGAACCAGAAAGUCCUCGAACACCAAAAUCUGGUCAAUCGAAGUACAAAAUUGGAGAGUCCUUCAGAAAACUGGUUGGGAAAUUGCGAUCAGCGAGUACAGAAAGAAAAAAUAAGAGAAGUGGUAGUUCAACUUCUCAACUAACGCAGACUGAUGAUAGUCCAACUUAUUUGCAAUACAAUACUGUUGAUAGAAAUAUUCCUCUUGUGACCGAUUACAGUUCGGAAGAUAAGCCACCUGAAAGACCACCUAGAUCUCCAAGAAAUAGCACCCCUGUUUCUCAAAACAUUAAAACUACGAAAUUAAAUGAUUAUAAUUCGCAGGAACAGUGGCAUCGAAAUGAUUCUGGUCCUCCUGUUCAAAGGUAUUAUCUUGGAGAAGAUCCUUUCGGAGGAAGUAUUUAUGGUAGAGAAAAAGGAUACGAGAAUUCAAAACCACAUGGAAGGCAUAGAAGUUCCGGAAAAUCAGGAGUUGAGAAAGAAUACAGUGUCGAAUCCAGUUCCUUGGGCCGGUUUAGCAAGUCCACCAGUCGUCUGGCCAAUGAAUACGAGAAAGAAGAACAUUUCAGAAGCACCCAGACCCUGCCGAGGAAGCUUCACACAUCCAGUCAAUCAAGGCAGAGAAGACAGACUUCCGGAAACCAUCUAAACGAAUCCCGGCUCGGAAACCACUUGAACGAGUCCAGAUUAAAUCAGAUUAAUGAAUCCAUAACUGGAAACCAUUUUAGUGAGUCCAGAAUUGGAAACAAUCAUUCUAAUGAGUCCCGGAUUGGAAACAAUCACUCUACUGAGUCCAGGAAUGGAAACAAUCACUCUACUGAGACCAGGAUUGGAAGAACUUCAUCCAAACCAAAUCAGCCUCACAGAUAUGGAAGCAUGAUCAAUAUUUCCAUCAAGAAUAACGUUGGACAUCCAAAACUGGUUCAAAGUCCUCUUCAGGGACCAACGAAACCAGAUAGAACCUACAAAUCUUCGCUCUCUCGUAGCAAAAGCUUCAAUGUUGAAGCUAGUAGAAAUGGUAAUGAUCGGUAUUCCCCGAGCACUCAUUAUAAAUCAAAUUCCCAAUUGAAUCGAUUGGAUGAAACUCCGCCCUUGAAGAGUCCUGGAAUUCUGGCCAGUAUCAGUCGAAGCAACAGGGAUCUUUUCAAAAAUGGAAAGCAUGAGCAUUAAUCGUGAUGAUAUUCAAUAUGCAGCUCAAACUUGAGAAAAUAAUUAUAGAAUUAUUUUUUAUUUUCUAUUCAUUCUUAUUUUAUUUACAGCAAUAGCUACAAAUUUUUAAGGUAAAUUUAAUAAAGCCUGGCAGUCUAUAUUGCUGUAGAAAUAGAAGAGAGGAAGUAUUUGAAUAAAAAGCUAUUUUUUAAAGGAAAAUCAGAAAAGAAUCAUUUUUAUAAGUUUUUGAAAUGAGAUUUCAAUGAAUUUUUGAUUUGUUUCAAUUUUAAUGAUUUAAUAUUUGAAAAUGUGUUUUGUGAUGCACUUUUUUAUGCAGGAUAUCUGAGGUGGAGAAACAUUAAAAAUUAUUUGCGUUUGUUAUGUUACGUUUGAAAGGAUUCUGGGAUAAAUUCUUAAAUUCGUCAAUUUUAGUUUGUCUGUAACAUUAGAAAAAUUAUAAUUUAAAAUGUUCUACUUUUCAUUUUAUUUUUCUCUUUUUUUCAUAAGAAUUAUGUUUAAUUUAUGAUUAAGAUUAUUUAAAAGCCCUCUUUUCUGAAUAUUCAAUCAUUUUUUUUAUUUUAAGGCUGUUUAGUUUGAAACGGGUUAAUAAUUGCAUUUGUGAAAUACAACAUUUCAAAAGCAAACUAAAAAAAUUUUGAAAUAAUUUGAAAGUUCCAUUUUCUACCAAAACUAAAGCUUUUGUUUAAGUGUUUUUAAAUUCGAGGAUUAUCAAGUUUGAAUUAUUAUUAAACAAAGUAUGUUCAAAAUUCAUAGAAGUCCAUGAUUUAAUUAUUUCAUUGUGUUUUUCUUUAAAUAGGCUGCGAGGACUAUUAAAAUUACUGGAUUGAAACUUUAUUUCACUAAGUUUGGAGGAAAUUAAAAUAUUUCUUUUUUGAUAAUAAAAAUGAUGUCCUUUGUUUUUUCUCAACUAAUGAUGUAUAUUGUUUGCAAAUUUUAAAAUAUAUUUUCAACACAGUAUACCUUAGUUACGGAAACAACUUUAAUGAAAAAUCCUAAAAGAAUGAAAGUUGAAAUCUUUCUCAGGUCUAAGUUUAAAACUUCCUAAAAUAAAAUUCUUAUCUUAUAAAGAAAGAACAAUUCUAAGUUUUACUGUUUAUGCCCCAAGAUGACUUCGUCUUAAAAAGCAAGCGGUUUUUCAUUCGUGUACUAUGUUUAACUUCAUAUUAAUCGAAUCUACGUAGAAAAAUGUAUAAUAUAUGUAAAAUUUUGAAAUUGAUUUCGAAAAAUACUGAAAUGUCGAAAAAGCUUAUGUGAAUAAGUAAGGAUUCAUUCUGUGGCAUAUUUUUUUAGUUAUAAAUCCACGUAUUUGUAAAGCAACUUUUAUAACUAAUAUUAUGUUUUUAAUAAAUAUUAUAAAUAUUUAUUAUCCUUUUUUCAGUAUCCUGAAGUACAAUCGUUACAGAGUGGCGGAAAGA